CCCUCGCCACCCUGUAACCAAUCGGGCUCCCAUGACCCGCCCCUUCCGCUCGGGAAAGCGAACUCCCAGACUGUCUUCCGGCGGGAGCUGUAGGGCUCCUUACCAUGGGGACAAUUCAUCUCUUUCGAAAGCCGCAGAGGUCCUUUUUUGGGAAGUUACUACACGAAUUUAGACUUGUAGCAGCUGACCGCAGGUCCUGGAAGAUCCUUCUCUUCGGUGCAGUCAACGUGCUGUGCACUGGCUUCCUGCUCAUGUGGUGCAGCUCUACUAACAGCAUAGCUUUAACUGCUUAUACUUACCUCACCAUCUUUGAUCUUUUUAGUUUAAUAACAUGUUUAAUAAGCUACUGGGUAAUGAUGAGGAAGCCUAGCCCUGCCUAUUCAUUUGGGUUUGAAAGAUUAGAAGUAUUGGCUGUGUUUGCUUCUACAGUCUUGGCACAGUUGGGAGCCCUCUUUAUACUAAAAGAAAGUGCAGAACGCUUUUUGGAGCAGCCUGAGAUACACACGGGAAGAUUAUUAGUUGGUACUUUUGUGGCUCUUUCUUUCAACCUGUUCACGAUGCUUUCUAUUCGGAAUAAACCUUUUGCUUAUGUCUCUGAAGCUGCUAGUACGAGCUGGCUUCAAGAGCAUGUGGCAGACCUUAGUAGAAGCUUGUGUGGGAUUAUACCUGGACUCAGCAGUAUCUUCUUGCCCCGCAUGAACCCAUUUGUCCUGAUUGACCUUGCUGGGGCAUUUGCCCUGUGUAUAACAUACAUGCUGAUUGAAAUUAAUAAUUAUUUUGCUGUAGAUACUGCAUCUGCAAUAGCCAUUGCCCUGAUGACGUUUGGCACCAUGUAUCCAAUGAGUGUGUACAGUGGGAAAGUUCUUCUCCAGACUACACCACCUCAUGUUAUCGGUCAGUUGGACAAGCUGCUCAGAGAGGUAUCUACCUUGGAUGGGGUCUUAGAAGUCCGCAAUGAACACUUUUGGACCCUUGGCUUUGGCUCAUUGGCUGGAUCAGUACAUGUAAGAAUUCGACGAGAUGCAAAUGAGCAGAUGGUUCUUGCUCAUGUGACCAACAGGCUGUACACACUUGUGUCUACUCUGACUGUUCAGAUUUUCAAGGAUGAUUGGAUCAGGCCUGCCUUACUGUCUGGGCCUGUUGCACCUAAUGUCCUAAACUUCUCAGACCAUCACAUAAUCCCAAUGCCUCUUUUAAAGAAUACUGAUGAUAUGACUCCUGUCACAUCAACACCAGCCAAACCUAGCAGCCCUCCUCCGGAAUUUUCAUUUAAUACCCCUGGGAAAAAUGUGAGCCCAGUUAUUCUUCUGAACACACAGUCAAGGCCAUAUGGUUUGGGUCUUAGUCGUGGGCACACACCAUACAGCAGUGUGCUUGGCCAAGGACUUGCAGUUCCAGGAGUUGGAGCAGGCCAGGGAUUGAGGCCCAUCUUCCCACAUAUACCCAGUAGGUAUGGAAACAACAGGACGGGACAGCCAAGACCUUGAAGGACUCUAACUUAUUCGUAUGAGGAGUAUCGACUCCUUGGUUCCCAGUGUAUUUAGUAAUCCAUCUUGCAUUGACUGUUCAACCAUUUAAAUGUCAAAUUAUUGCAGGCUUGUUCGUAUUUCAUGAAACCUAUAAACUAUAUUUUUGUAAAA